CGCCAAAUUUCCAGACAGUUGCCUGAAAAUGUCACGGAUUUUGGUCGCGGUUUGCUUGGUGCUGGGAGUUAGCUGCUCCCUGGCGGAUCCCCUCUACCGGAACGAUGAGGUCGAGGUGCCACGACUCGACGGACGUAUUGUUGGCGGUCAGGACACGAGCAUUCUGCAAUAUCCCUAUCAGAUCUCCAUGCGAUUGAGGGGAAAUCACCGAUGUGGUGGCACCGUUGUUGCCACAAACAUUAUUGUCAGUGCCGCACAUUGUGUUAACACCUUGACCACCGUUGCCAACCUGACCAUUGUGGCGGGAUCAACGCGGAUUUGGAAUGUGGAGGAGAAGCAACAGGAACUGGCCGUCCGUCAAAUCAUCAUCCAUCCCAAUUAUAGGACUUUAAACAACGAUUACGAUGCUGCUAUCCUGAUUUUGGACGGAGACUUUGAGUAUAGCGAUGCCAUUCAGCCCAUUCCGUUAGCCACAGAGCGGCCGGAACACGAUACCGAGGUUGUUGUGACUGGUUGGGGCACCACCAGCGAGGGCGGCAACAUCUCCAACAUCCUGCAGGAGGUCUUUGUUAAUGUGGUGGAAAACACGGAAUGUAAGAAGGCUUAUUCCUUCAUGCUGACCAGCCGGAUGCUUUGUGCGGCAGUCACGGGAGGCGGUAAGGAUGCGUGCCAGGGCGACUCAGGCGGUCCUUUGGUCCUCAACAAGGAACUGCUCGGCAUCGUGUCCUGGGGAACAGGAUGUGCCCGUGAAACUAAGCCUGGAGUCUACUGCUCAGUGGCCGAUGUCCAUGAUUGGUUGGAGGAGACAAUCAAAGAGUACUCGGUUGUGGGAAAAAUAUCCUUCUUGUAAGCCAGUAAAGUGAAUUUUUUUCGUUCAAUACUCAAUGUCCUCAAUAUCAUAACUUUACAAUAUAAUGAUGACUUUCUGUUCUACGUAACCCUGAACAUAUCCCAGCAGAAAUGCCUUAAAAAUUACAUAAGGAGAUUACCCUUGCUUGGGCUUACUCCGAUCGAUAACAAUG